CAUCAUCACAAUAGUCACACCAGCCAGCAAGCCUUUGCAAUGCAAAACGCAUUCGGCGUCCGGUCCGGCGGGCGAGCCACGCCGUUCCAGGCCAACAACGAUGCCCGCAAAUCGCUCUUCGGCCGGCCUGAAGACAACACCGAGAACCCGCUCCAUCUGUACAACACGGCCAAGACGCCGGGCUACGGGCGCAUCGGCAUGGGAGGCGCCGCUGCCGACACGCACGCGACCGGCCUACGGAAGCCGAGGCCCAUCUCGGAGAGCUUUGCCUCGACCGCGCGAGAGCAGGCCGGCGCCAAUGCGAGUGCUAACACCAAUGGCAACGCCAAUGCAAGCGUGCUCUCGUCCGGCGGCACCAAGAUCCCCCGACUCAACAGCCUGUCGACGUCGCGCCGGAAACCGAUAUCCCUGCGCAAGGCCAUGGAGCUGGCCGAGGGCGAGGAGGAGGCGGCCAAGAUGAUGCUCGAAGCCGGCAUGGACGACCCCGUCGCCGUCGACGGCUCGCCGAGUCCUGCUCCGAGGCCCUGGAGGACACGCACCGCCUCGGAGGUGUCGCAGCUGCAGCGCGAGCUCGGCGCGGACCAUCUCGACACUAAGGGGCGCAGCAAGAUUCCGUCGGCGCGCAACUCCAACCUCAGCGCAACGCUGGUCAGCGGUAGGGAAGGGGCCAUUUCGCCAGGCAGGGGCAGCAGCCUCGGCCUGCGUGCCGGCCACACGGGGGCGAACAGGGAGGGGACCGCUACCGCUACCACCGCCUCCAGCGGGCUUCCUUCACUCGUCCCGGGCAUCGAGGACGUUCCGCUGCCGUCCGUCGAGCCUGCCCUGUCAGCAGCAACGCUUGUCCAGCCGUCGUCUCCGUCUCCCGGCAAGAGCUUCGUCUGGCAGGUCGACGAAGAUUUCACCGCCAGCGACUUGCAGAUAUCCGACAGUCCGCGCGUUAGGGUCGGGACUCGGCCGUUUGCAAGCCGCCUAGGUUUCACCCCCGACGCAAAACAAGACUUUGACAAGCUACCGCGAAUCACUGCCCCGGGUUCUCGCAACAGCAAGCUGGACGAGAUUAGAUCGCUCGAGCUCCGCGCAAACGGUAGCCACAUUCCCAUGCCGAGUUCAGGUCUGCCGAAGCCACAGAACACAAAGCUGGACGACAUCCUCAAGAGAGAAGCGCAGGUGGAGCGCCAGAUUCCGCUCGCCAGCAGACACCUGGACGGGCCGAGAAACAACACCAAGAUUGACGACAUUAAGCGGCUAGAGGUCGACGGCAUGUCGAAGCGGGCAUAUGCGGCCGUUCGCCUGCAGGAGAUUAAAGAGCAAAACUCCAUGGCGCGCCCUCGCUCCCCCGACGAGGAGUCCAAGCCUCGGCUUCCCUUUGGUCUGGCGCGGCGGCGACUAGCAAAGACCGAGGUGGCCGAGGAGGUGAAGAAGGAGGAAGCACCCCCGCUGUUGCGCUCAAGGCCGUCCUUUGGCAGCAAUGAGGCUGGCCGGCAGGUUGCAGACACUCCCGCGACCAUCUUCAACCAGGGCGCGAAGCGUGCAGGCCAAGAAGAGAAGAAAGAGGGCGAUGCGGUGACGGCAUCGCGAGCCCAGGAGCUGGAGAGAAGGCUCGAUAGCGCCGAGCAGCAAAUCGAGAGUCUGCUGGGAAAGCGGCGACCGUUGGAACGGCGGCCUGACGAGCGAGAGCUGCUGCGACGGCUGGCAAGGGCCGCCAGCUCCAGCCCGCCAGUUGAGGACGAGCCGCGGACGAAACAGCUGCCCACGCCUCCGCCAGGCGACGAAGAAAAGGAAAACAAGGAAUCCACCGCCAAAUCAAUCGCCGACCGAAUCGCGUCUCGCCUGUUUCCGCGACGCGCCUCCACCGGCGAGAAACCUACUUCAAACACUUGGAAUACUGCUACAACUGCGACUACGACUACUGCUUGGAAUACCAUCGCCAAUACCGGCACAGCUCCCGACGCCACCAAAGACUUUGAGAAAGCAAAGCCCAGCGUGGCAUUCACUGGCCUGCAGCGCACGCGAUCCAUUGAUUCAACUAAGAGCAAGCGAUCCAGCAUGCAGUCAGAGCCCGACCCCACCGCCAGGAUCGAGGCCGAGAUGAAGCUGUUUGCGCCGUCGGACAACCACUCCGAACGCGGCUCUCUGCGUGCGCCUUCUCCGCCUCUUGACGACUCUGAUCUGGACGACCAUGCUCCAAACAAGCUGUCGUCAUCAGAUGCGACACCAAAGCCCUCCAAGCCCGACCCCUUGACCAUGGGGACGCCGAAAGUCACGGGCGCCUACGUUGAGACGCCGGUGACGGUCAAGACGGAGAAGCUGGCGCUCGAACCGGAGCCAAAGCACGAAGAACACGCUCCAAAGCAGAUCGAGACCAAGGCAGCUGAGCCAAAGCCCACGCUGCUCUUCCGGGACAGAAAGCCUAGCUUCUCCUCCUGGAGGACCAAAGAGAGGAGCCAAGAUCAGGACACCCUCUCUGAUCCCGGCACGACGGACGACGGCGGCGACAUUGGCGCUUCGGCGCUGGCGGCCAUGAAGAAACCGCGGGCCAAGUCGCUACCCCGACGCCGACCGCCCCUAAAGAACUCGGCCAGGCCUCCCUCUGUCAAGGACGACAUGAUGGAGCUGCGCCGCGAGUACAACAUUGACGACUCGACCUUUGACGACCUGGAUGAGAUGCUGGCUAAUGCAAGAAAGACGGCCAAACUCGCUGCCUCGAAGAGCGGCGCCGCUGUUCGCUCCACGGGCAUCGAUCUUGGGCUGGACCUCGACCUCGGCCUGAGUUCCUCAGAGUCUGACGUUGCCGCGGUGGUCAAGAACGAGCACACCAAGGAGGCCAAACAGUCCUCCUCCGACGGCGAUAUGGCCGCCUUCGAGAGGAUGAACAAGACGCUGCAGACGGGCCUCUUGCGGAUCCGCUCGGCCAAGCAGGGCAUCGAGCGCAUCGAGGACCGCUUCUCCCGCGCCCAGCCGCCGCUGACGCCCGAGAAGAAGAAGAGCGGAGCACUCACAGAGGCGCCCGAAGGCCACGAGCAUCACAGCCACCAAAACAUUACGGCAGACUGUCCGUACUGCGCGUCGUCGAAACCCGCCUCUGCCCCCGUCACGUAUCUGCAUCUCGCUCUACCGCGACUCUUUCACCGCGAACCGACGUUCCGCCUUACCUGGCUUGGCCUCUUUACGCUGAUACUCUCGCUGUGGUAUGCGACCGAGGCAACCAUGUGCUCGCUGUACUGCCGCCCAACUACGUGUCCCGCCUCGAAGUCGCCUUGCGUCUGGUCCUUUGACGAUCCCACAGAGUUUGGAACUGCCUUGCCCAUCAAGCUCGACCAGUGGAUCACUGGCGGACAGGGACGCCAACUGGCAUCCGUCGCAUACGAGGAAGUCUACGAUCUUUUCGCCGACAUACAGGAUCUGGCUCUGGGACGCAGCAUCACCGACGUGGACACGGAAGCGCUUUCAGCCGAGCAAAAGCGGCGGCACAGACGGCGCCUCCGAAAGAAGGGUCUCAUACCGUCUCCCAAGGCGCCACGACCGGAAGACAAGGCGAAAUGGGACGAGUGGCGAGCGGCACGGCUUGCAAAGGAGCGUGGCAACCAGAAAAAGGAGAAGGGGUCCACGGCGGUCGAAGAGGAGAUGCCCAAGCCUAUCCCCGUGGUCGAAGGGGAGGAAGAGGAGCAAGGCUGGGUGAAGAUCAAGGGGUGGAGGUGA